CCCCCCCCCCCCCCCCCCCUCUUUUUCACCAUUCCUCUUCUUCUUCUCCCCCUCUCUCCGCCUCCCUCCAUUUCCACACCGGAGGAACAAAAUUCCCCCACCAACGACCCUCCGCAGCAGAGGUGAGGAGGAGCAAUGGCGGCGAACGACCCGCGGGUGAUCACCGACAAGGAGGAGAUGAGGCGGUGGUCGAGGGCCAUGAGGUGCCAGGGGAAGCUCAUUGGGUUUGUGCCCACCAUGGGCUACCUCCACCGGGGCCACCUCGCCCUCGUCGAAGAGGCCCGGAAGCACUCCGACGUCGUUGUCGUCUCCAUUUACGUUAACCCAGGUCAGUUCUCUCCCACGGAAGAUCUCGCUACAUACCCGUCCGAUUUUCAGGGUGACAUCCUUAAGCUCAAGUCUGUUCCCGGGGGAGUUGAUGUUGUUUUCCACCCGCAGAAUCUCUAUGAUUACGGGAUUAAAGCUAAAUGUGGGAGAGGGGUGAACGGGAAUGGUUCUGGGGCCGGGAGUGCAGUGUCCUGUUUGGAGGCCAAGGGGUUCGGGCAUGAAACGUGGGUGAGAGUGGAGAGGUUGGAGAAGGGAAUGUGCGGGAAGAGCAGGCCGGUCUUCUUCAGAGGGGUUGCCACUAUUGUAUCGAAGUUGUUUAAUAUCGUGGAGCCUGAUGUUGCUUUGUUCGGAAAGAAGGAUUACCAGCAAUGGAGAAUCAUCCAACAGAUGGUUCGAGAUCUGGACUUCCCCAUACGGAUAAUCGGUUCUGAGAUCGUACGAGAUAGUGAUGGCCUUGCCAUGAGCUCCCGCAAUGUGCACCUCUCACCCGAAGAUAGACAAAAGGCCUUGUCCAUAAGCCAGUCACUGUCAAAAGCUAAAAUUGCUGCAGAGACGGGUCAAGUUGAUAGCAAAAGCUUAAGAGAUGCGGUGAUUCAAGAAAUAACUGAAUCUGGUGGAAAGGUCGACUAUGCCGAGAUAGUGGACCAGGAGAGCUUGGAAGCAGUGGAAGAAGACAUCACGAGUCCUGUCGUAUUCUGUGUUGCAGCCUGGUUCGGGAAGGUCAGGCUCAUCGACAAUGCUGAAAUCAGUCAUUGAAGAGUGACAAUACAGAAAACUGUAUUACAUUCGUUCCUGAUGGAAUAUCAAGUCAAGAUAAGUUCAUAGAGUGAGUUCCAGUCGUCGUACUAAAAGGUAAGAUGCAAUUCUUUCAGCAAUAUAUUCAGCUUCUGGACCAAGAGAAUGGAGUAUCAAAAGUUCUUUCUUGAAACAAAUAUCAACAAGAACGGUUCACUCUAGUACAAUGACGCAGCAAUUUUCGAUUUCCACACAUCAAAAGACACUAAAAUCUAUACACACUGGCGGUUCAAGAGUAUUCUUUGGCUAUAGGAUAAA